CACUCGUGCCUCGUGUGUACCUCUUUGGGGAACGUUGAGAAGAUAGGUAGAAUAAUUGAUUACAAAAUCAAAUGUAUAUUAUAUUCUGUGCUACAUAGGACUACAAAUGCAUGAGGUUAUUUGAGCAACUUCAGUUUUCAAGAUACACACUUUUAGUCAAAGCUGAGCUAUCAUGGUAGACCUAUGCCGUAAACUAGGCUACUGCAUAUUAUUUAGCAACAUCAUCAGGCGAGUUUGUGAUGUCGUAUACUGGAAACACUUCCUGAAAUCGAUGGUCGGUGCCUAAGGAGACAUUGGGCUUGUUCAACAGUGCAGGCGACUGCCGACUGACUGAUCUAUAAAUAAUCUUGCAUUUACCCAUGACACAUUACGGUUUUUAUCCUCUCGAACAUGGCCAGAGUUGCUACACCGGAGACCACUGCCACAGCCGUGAGAAAAACGAGGAGAAUCCUGAACACAACUGGAAUAAAUUAAUUCCGGAUUUUGUCCUAGCUAGUCUGUACAGGUGAGCACCCUAACAUACUUUACACUGGCCUGGCCCCUCUCUCCCAUCCCCUCUGCUUUACUGCGUGUGGGGGUGACUGAGAGAAACGCACAGUCCGAUUUAAAAUAUCCCUGUGUCUGGGCUGGGGAACCAUAGACAGUGACGUGAGUGAGCAGCAGUCAGUGUGUCAAUCUCACUCACAACCCGUUCACCAUGGGUGACAUCAGCGAUCUGGACAGGCAGAUCGACCAGCUGAGGAGGUGUGAGCUCAUUAAGGAAAAUGAAGUCAAAGCCCUUUGUGCCAAAGCAAGAGAGAUUCUUGUGGAGGAAAGCAACGUACAGAGAGUUGAUUCCCCAGUUACAGUGUGUGGCGAUAUUCACGGGCAGUUUUAUGACCUAAAGGAAUUAUUCAGAGUUGGCGGUGAUGUUCCAGAGACAAACUACCUCUUCAUGGGAGAUUUCGUGGACCGAGGAUUCUACAGUGUGGAGACGUUUCUGCUGCUACUCGCUCUCAAGGUCCGCUACCCUGACCGCAUCACGCUGAUCCGCGGCAACCACGAGUCACGGCAGAUCACACAGGUGUAUGGCUUCUAUGACGAGUGCUUGAGGAAGUAUGGCUCGGUCACUGUGUGGCGAUACUGCACCGAGAUCUUUGACUACCUCUCCCUCUCCGCCAUCAUCGACGGCAAGAUAUUCUGUGUGCACGGUGGCCUCUCACCCUCCAUCCAAACGCUGGACCAGAUCCGAACCAUCGACCGGAAGCAGGAGGUGCCUCACGACGGGCCCAUGUGUGACUUACUGUGGUCGGACCCAGAGGACACCACGGGGUGGGGUGUGAGCCCAAGGGGGGCAGGCUACCUGUUCGGCAGUGACGUGGUGGCCCAGUUCAACACGGCCAAUGACAUUGACAUGAUUUGCAGAGCCCACCAGCUUGUCAUGGAGGGCUACAAGUGGCACUUCAACGAAACCGUGCUUACCGUGUGGUCGGCACCUAACUACUGCUACAGGUGUGGUAAUGUGGCGGCCAUUUUGGAACUUGACGAGCACCUCCAGAAGGACUACAUCAUAUUCGAAGCAGCCCCACAGGAAACCAGAGGCAUCCCCUCCAAAAAGCCUGUGGCCGACUACUUCUUGUGACCUUAUGUUUGGAAGGAAAGCAAAAAUCGACUACGGGAGAUUUAUAGUAUUUGUAUUUCCCCCUCCCCCACCCCAUUGUCUUAACUCUCUUUUUAGCCCUUCCAUGUUUCUACUCAUUAUCAGCACCACUUUCUCGUGCUGUUCAUCUUCCACCUUUCUUAAAUCGGUUUCCAUGGUAGUCCUUUGUUGUGCCCCUCUCUUUGCUACAGACCCCCUCAUCUCUCUCCCUGACUUCCAUUCCUCCCCUGCAGCAACAUUUUCUCUUAAUGCUGAGAUGGCAGCCACACUUGAAGUAUUAGCUCUCUUCUCAAACCCCUUUGUAUGCCGUGGUCUUUUUUUCGUUUAAUGUUGAUACUGGUGCUGCUAAGGAAAUUGAAAAAGAAAGACCGCAUACAUGGGUGAAGAGGUGUAGUAUUUCAAAGCCCUCACCAGGGUGGUUGUCAAACUCCAAUACUGGUGGAUGUAGGGCUGUAUGAAAAUUGCAUGAUGAUUUUCUUAACUCUUUUUUUUAUUUUAAUUUUUUUAUGUUGAGGGUGGAAUUGACACUUUUUAAGUUUGGGAUAGUUUUCGUGUCUCUUUUCCAAGUGGCUGAACUGUUCGAUGCAUCCGUUGCAGGUAACACAUUUUACUUACCGUGAAGGAGCAGCUACACAUGCUGACGCUGCAUUUUAUGGACAAUUUUAGGACAAGUUGCAAAGUAAUGUAAACGUCAUACCAAACUAUUUUUUUGGGAACAUGCUCUCUCUCUGACCAGUCUUUCUCUAGGACUAAUUGUUGAUUUUUGAUGAAUUAUUUGUGGAAAUAAAAACCAAUUUCUUUGGUAUAAAUGG